ACGCAGUUAGAAAGCGCCAGAGAAUCUCGCUCUCGAGCUAGCCACACUAGCUUUCGAUUUGAAAGGAGAUUACUGAAAACUUCACCCCUCGUGUCGGCGUAUUUUUUUUAUUUUUUUAGAUGGUGCACCAGCCCUCCCGGUGCCUAACAGUUGUUUGGUUUAGUCUCAACCGGCAGUCGUUAUGGCAGAGGACGAGGAUUUCUCACCAGACCUUCUGACAGAGAAGAUGAAACACAGCAAUGGCGACUUCGUGGCUCCUGAUGGGUUAUGCUGGAUGUCAGUUCUGUCCUGUCUGCUGCUGGCUUGUUCUUAUGUUGGCAGUUUAUACGUGUGGAGGAGUGACCUGCCGAGGGACCACCCUGCUGUGAUAAAGAGACGCUUCACUAGCGUGCUAAUCGUGUCGGGCCUGUCGCCUCUUUUUGUGUGGACAUGGAGAGAAUUUACCGGUGUCAGGACUGGCCCAUCGCUGUUUGCUCUCAUGGGGAUACGAUUUGAAGGCCUCAUUCCUGCCAUUGCACUUCCACUACUGCUCACUAUGGUCCUGUUUUUGGGCCCUCUCAUGCAGUUGGCCAUGGACUGUCCCUGGAGCUUCACAGAUGGGAUCCGAGUGGCCUUUGACCCGUGGUUCUGGAUGUUAUGUCUCAGUGACAUGCGAUGGUUGAGAAAUCAGGUGGUUGCACCGCUAACAGAGGAGCUGGUGUUCCGGGCCUGCAUGCUGCCCAUGUUGGUGCCCUGUGCUGGUCCUUCCACUGCCAUUUUCACUUGCCCCCUUUUUUUUGGAGUAGCUCACUUUCACCAUGUGAUCGAGCUGCUGAGGUUCAGACAGGGGACGCUGUCAGCGAUCUUCCUCUCUGCAGUGUUUCAGUUCUCCUACACAGCCGUAUUUGGGGCUUAUACUGCUUUCAUCUUCAUCAGAACUGGUCACUUGGUGGGUCCGGUCCUCUGCCACUCCUUCUGUAACUACAUGGGUUUCCCCGCCAUCAGCACCGCCUUGGAGCACCCUCACCGCCACACUGUCCUCUCCUCCUACCUGCUGGGGGUCAUCCUCUUCCUCCUCUGCCUCUUCCCUUUCACCGACCCCUCCUACUAUGGCCUUCCCACACCGGUCUGCACCCUCACCUCCUCCCCUAGCUCCCUCUGCCUCUCUUGAUCCCUACUCCACUCUCACACACUUUUCUGCUGUUGUCAUGUCACCUUCUGUUGAUGAAGCAGUUGAGCGUGUUUUUUUUCCCUUUUUUUAUGGAAGUUAGAGAUCAGGUUCAGUCUAGUUUUGGCUGACAGCACUGACAGCCAUGUGAGCUACAUUGCCAUGGAGAGAUGAGGAACUCUGUACCCGUUUUCUAUGGCCUGUGGACCCUUUAUAUGUCUACAUUUAUAAGACAUCAAUCACUUUAUAGCUGGUGCUUCACGAUAUGAGUUCGUGUUGCUGAGAGUGAACCCAAGACCGUCCGAUUUCAAUCACAGCUUCUUUGUUCUACUCUCACCCUGAUAUGUGAUGAUGGUAGUGUUGACACAACACUGAAGAACAAGUCCUCCUCAGAUCCUCUUAAUGCUGGUAGAUCUCAUCCAUUUGUGAUGAAGCAGUGAUGUACCUUUUUGGUGUACUCAUUUUCCACUCAGUCUGCCUCAUCUUUUUAAAGGAUGAUUCUGGCUUACAGUAUAUAGCUGGCUUAUACCUUAUUUUCUUAGAUGUGGUGUUCAUUUCUAUCCUUAAUAAUAAGAUGACCGGGAAAUCAUAUGGAAGCAAGUAACAUCAAAAAGUACUUUUAAAAGUACAACAUGAUAGGUUUUAAACAAAAUACCAGGUAAAACAACUGUGUGCAAUAAAACUACUUAUUUUUGUAAACAUUCACCACUUUGUGCUUCGACUUCCAGUCCUUGUAUUUCUAUGUAACCAGUAAUUUUAAUUUUAAUCAAAAAAUCUCUUUUAAUCUAUCAAAAAUUUGAUUGCAAUUUCAAAGAGCCCACAGUUGUAACCUGAAUCUAGUUUCUUCAUCCAAUAAAAAGUUCAAAACUCCAAAACAUUUGGUUGGCAAAAAUAUGAAACAGAAAAACAAACAAAACUUCUAUUCAAAACUGUCGCACUGUAAGACAGAUGAUUUAGUCUACUAUAAACAUCCUAUGAUAACAUUCAGACUGUCAGAAAUUUAGGAACAAUUUCUCACAGUGUGACCGCUGUUAAGUCCACUGAGUUUGAAUGAACCAACCAAUCAGUAGACCAUUUUUGAAUAAAUAUUAGGUAAAGGAAAACCUCCAAGUGCAAACAGACAAACAACAAAAAGCAAACAUUUUUGUGAAAUUGACAAAGAAGAAAUCUAUGCAGAACUGCAUUUUUAGAAGAUAAGGGAGGGCAACAUAUAUGACACAAGCUGAUGACAUGCUUCUGCUUUUAUAAACUUCUUUAAGUUUGAAUUAUUGUGCAAACGAAGUUAAAGCCCCUGCUGAUCAGGACUGUUCUCCUGGCAACAGACCUCAGACCUCUGACAUUAGGUACACACCAUAGUUUACUUAGAGCACCCCACAUGUUUAAUAAUGUCAUGCCAUAACCGUUUUGUCCCUAAAGUGGCUCAGGUUUUUAGAGUAUUUCUUACAAUUCCUAUAUGUCGACUGUGUGAAAUGACUGUUUAUUAAGCGACUAAUGUAUCCGAGACCUUGCCGAGUACUCUUGUUCAGAUACUCCUACUUGCUUAAUCUGUAAGUGGUCAUAAUUGUCUGGCUCAUUUUGUUGACUUGUUUCAGGUGUAGUUUGUUGUUUAACUGAAUUAGACAGUGCAACUGGAUUUACAAUUUUAGCCUCUCACAGACGUACCGUAUACAGUGUUAGGGUAUGUGGUGGAUGAUGAUUAACAGAGAAACCAAAAACAUUUGUGGGUCAUUCAAGAGAGGACUGCACUCAUUGUUUUCUCUGUAAGCUGCUAGGAGACAGUACCAAAACACUGUCAGUGCUUCAGAAAAGUAUCAGUUAUAGUGGCUCUUUCUGGCUACCGUUGUCUGAUAACCUAGAAGGAUAUCGGCAUCGGCCCCAAAAAUCGAGUAUAGACUCUAAAUGUUACAUACAUUUCAGUGCUCAAUAUAAGUCAUCACGAAUUCAAAUGCUUUAAAUAAUCUUACUAAACAACUGGUAUGUUUACAGUUGACUGCCUGACUGCAUAUACACUACCAUUUAAAAGUUUGGGGUCACCCAGGCAAUUUCAUGUUUUCCAUGAAAACUCACUUUUAUUGAUGUGUUAUCACAAUAACACAAGGGUUUUCUAAUCAUCUAGACUGUAUUUCUGAUUCAUUUAAUGUUAUCUUCGUUGAAAAGAACUGCAUUUCUUUCAAAAAUGAGGACAUUUCUUAGUGACCCCAAACUUUUGAAUGGUAGUGUAUGUUUUUGCUAAUUUCAUUUUGAUGAUGUCCAAAACUACUUAAAGGGCAUUCAGAGCACACAGACCUUCCCCAAUACCUCCUUGGCAGAGGUAUUAAGCCCACAGCUGUGGAUGUUUGCUUCCUGAUAGCUCUUGAAAGCAUACCAGGUUAGCUUGAGACCAUUUUGUUGUGUAAAGCUGUAGGGAGUUGGAGGCAGGAUUGUUUUUUAUCAAAGAUGUAUUUUUUUGCAUUGAUUUGGGCUUUUAAAUUUAGCGGUACCAGUUGGAUCUAAAAGAAGAGGAUGAGUCCUGCAGUUGGUUCCCAGUUUUAGACCUGUAGAGAACUAUACAGAAUUGCGAUAAACCACAAUUAUCCUUUAAUACCUUUUGUGUCUCCUGAGGAAGGCAUGGAAAGCGUUGCUUUCAGCGGUGGAUUGCUGAAAAAUAGUGUUUCCACAGAAGAAAGUAAGAAUACUUAAUAUCUCUAAUGGCUGAGUGUGUUCUGCUCUAUAGUGGCUCAUGGAGUUGUUGCUGUCUUUUACUCUCCUGUUUGGAAUUCCUCUCUAUAAGACUGUUCAAGGGCAAAUAGCCCUGCUGUAGCUACACUGGAGAAAAGGAGCAUUUGUGUGAGGCCUUGUUGUGAUGGUGACAUAGGAAAGUACACCGUUAGACAAAAUAGUCCCUGAAAUGUGAUCUACAACUCAACGUUAUAGGCUUGUUUAGCAGCUAGAAUUCAUCUUUAUCUGCAUUCAGACACCAGAACUAAUUAAAAACAUUAUGCAGAGAAUUACUGUGCUUGAAUGUGCCAGUGUUUAGUUAAGCCCCUUUCAGACAUGCACUCCGUACUGUUAUUUUAACAGUAACUGAACAUGUCGGCUUCAUGUGUCGUGGCUGGUGAAGGUCCCGGUGGUAAUAUAGCAACACUUCCAUCAUGGCACAAAUCUGAACUGCACCCAGUAAUAAUAAUGGACAGGCAUGCACAAGCAAUGAUACUCUGUACUUUUCAUCAUAUGAGACAGAUGAACUGUCAAAGACAGAAUCACAGUUUAGUUUUUUUGCUUCCAGCUGAGCUUAUUAGCUACCUGCAACAUCAGGAUCUAUAUGAGGUUGUAAGCAUUUACGUACGGAACAGACAUUUCAUUACUUCACUUGCUGUAUUGUCUAUUCUCGUGUGAAUGGUAGUAGCAUCAUGUGUAUACCGUAGAUUUCUCCGGCAUUAUGGGAAGUAUGUCAGAAUGAAGCUGUGAGGAGGAUUAACGGAAAAGUAAUUUAUGUCAGAAUGACUGGAAGUGAUUGAUGAAACCAGCAAUGUUACGGAUUUCAUGUCUGAAGUAUGAAAAUAUAUCAAAGGUUAUUUACAGUGUAUACCUCUGCAAAUGGGUUAUUGGGUAACUUAGGGGGCAGGCACUAUUCCUAAUGCCUGAAAUAUACUCUGUUUAAGCACACAUAUGGCAAACUAAUUCCACAUAACAAAGUUGUGCUGUUGCACCGCUGUGACAAAGACUAGUCACAAGCACAAAGCAGAUGCAGCAUCCAUUGUGCUACUGUUCUGUCUUUGGUUUCUCUCCUUGCACGGAGUAUUUUUCAGAGAUUGUUUUAUGUUGUUAACCUCAGUUGCUCAUUGUUUUUCAUUCCAUUCUCAGCCUCUCGCCGUAGGAUCAUGCAGUUUCUAAACCUGUUUAAAUGUGGUUCUAUGAUAUUCUAGGCUGUACGUCUAAAGACUGAGCAGAUUUCUUCCUGCCUUCAGUUAUGUAUCGCUACUAAUUGAAGUUAGCAGAAUAUCCCAACACUCAGACAUAAUUCAAACGAGAAAAUCGGGAUGAUUGAAUGCAGCUUUACUACAAACAAAGACUAGAUAAGUCGAUGUUGAAAUUUUACGACCAGCAAAUAGCUUCAGUUGCUCCUGCACAGUAAUGCUAAAAAUUUGUAGUAGUCGUGUGUCUAAGUUUAACUAUGAAGUACCAUCAGAAAGGUGGGUUUGGUGAGUUGUGGUGAGAUUCACUUAUUUUCUCCUUUCCAGUCAAGUGAUGUAGACAAUCUGGCUGAAAUAUGGACUUUAAGAAUGACUUCUUUGUGAUUAAAUGUCAUCAUUAAGUAGAGAUGCGGAAAACUAAGAGAAUGAAACCUGUAGAAAAGAAAAGGUUUCUUCAGUGAGGGCUCACUUAUAGCAGAUUGCACUUGAUGUCUGCGCUGUCUUGUAUUAUUUCAGCACUCUAGAGCGACAUCAGGGUGCAUCACUGACUUUUUUUUCUUGAAAAAUGUUACUGUAUUUUUUGCUAUAGAGUGAUUGGCACAACCACCUGGUGUCCUUGCUUUGAAACAACUGGACAGUAAAACUAAAUAGCUAUUUCUUUGUCUUCACAAGCUAAAGUUAUUUCCAGCUGGUGAUGUCUGAGGUGGCUCUGGGAGUGACAGGAAGAAGUUGAAAUGGCCGAAAGACUCUAUAAGCUAUAUUUGUACUGUGAAGAAAAAGUGGGCUGCUUGGCUCUUUAGCAAUAAAUCCUGCGUAAGGGGAAGGUUUGGAUUAAUUUUCUAUUCACUGGAUGAAAUGGGGCCAUAUUUGUAUAUAGAUUGUUUUGGUCGGUGAAAUGAUUCUUGACAAGUUUACAAAUCGUUGGCAUAGUGUAUUUUAGUGAGAGUUGUGCUGUACCUCCCUCAAGUGCCUAGCAGAGGGCACCAGAGUAUCCUGAAAGAGGCAGAGCUGCUGUGAAAUGACCUGAUGGCGUCUUUAUUCUGUUUAUAAGCCUGUCUGACAUCAGUCAUCUGUCACUGGAAAAUCAUUUCACCCUAACUUACUUUGCUGCGACACAAUUAUGCCCCAGUAGAUGAGAUUGAUGUACAGCAGAGGAGCACUGUUGAAACCCUGUGGUUAGACUCUGACUGAUGUUAAUUUCUUAUUGAACAGUUUGAGAGCAGUCUUGUGUCCCAUGUCAUCCUCUCACAACUUCUCUGCUUGCUGCUCUUAAAUCAAGACAGUUGCGUUUAGUUUUGAGGCUUGUUCACCCCCAAUGUGACUUCAACUCUACCACACCUUUUUAUUCAUUCAUUAAGGGAAGGACUUUCAAAUUUCUUAUGUAGAAAUGAUCAUACCUGUAUUUCCAACCUCUUUAAAGCCACUAUGCGAAGAUAGAAAAUUGGCCAAUUCCUCUAAAGAUUUUAUUUAUGCUUAAUUGUGUAGGGAGUCAAGAAGGAGUCAGGACAUUUUCAAAUUCUGCACAUAGUGGCUUAAUUGAAGACCUCUGAGACAAAGGUUUAGAUCCAUUCCUCCCAAACUGUGUAGAUAUUGCUGUCACAUACACUGCCGUUCCAAAAAUUUGGGGUCACCCAGACAAUUUCAUGUUUUCCAUGAAAACUCACGGUUUUAUCCAUGUGCUAACAUAACUGCACAAGGGUUUUCUAAUCAUCAAUGAGCCUUUCAACACCAUUAGCUAACACAAUGUAGCAUUAGAACACAGGAGUGAUGGUUGCUGGAAAUGUUCCUCUGUACCCCUAUGGAGAUAUUCCAUUAAAAAUCAGUCAUUUCCAGCUAGAAUAGUCAUUUCAUUUUGAACAUUAACGAUGUCUAGACUGUAUUUCUGAUUCAUUUAAUAUUAUCUUCAUUGAAAAAUAAUGCAUUUCUUUCAGAUUUAAGGACAUUUCUAAGUGACCCCAAACUCUUGAACGGUAGUGUGCACCUUGUCAGGCUUCAUACGAGCUGCUGGUAAUGCUGAUGACAGUUUCUUUAAACAUCUAGGCUGUUCCUUUUACUUUCUCUUAAAGCAAGUUAACAGUAAUGUGUGAUCGUGAUGUUUCAGCACUGGCUCUACAGUCAAACUACACACUCCACAUGGUAUUUGUUUGCAGUCUGUCUCUCAUUCACAUGUCAUGAUGUGUCGGGAUAUUUGAAAGACUGGAUUAGUUUUAGUUUUUUACUGCUAUAUAAAGAAAAACACUUCCUCAGCCAACAGUCCCACAUGAGUAUUUGCUGCUGAAGGUGCAGAAACCUGCACAUGUGUAACAAUAUGCAGAGAGCAGCAUCGGCAGAGACUGCAGAGUCUAUUUUUGCAAAGCUUAAGCAGCGCCGUUAUUUUCAUAUGAAACACCCAGAGGAAGAUGAAUUUCAAAUGUACAUUUUCAGAACUUGUUAAAUAUGAGACAGCUGGUGAAACACAACUCCACAGAUGUUUAUAAUGAGCACUCUAUUUUGCAAUCAGAUCUAUUUUGGUGACAGGAACAGAGCGUAUAGGUAUUUGCAUGUAUUUUAUGCCUGCUGUGUCCCAUGUGUUGCACAGUUCAAGUUAGAGACUUCAGAACCAUGUUUUAGUAUGACAAUCUUUUACAGGAACUUUGGAAUCACUGCAUAAUAUCUAUUUGUAAAUAAAGAAUGUCAUUUUAUAUA